AUUUCGAUAAAAUGGUCAUCUGUUACAAUCCAGCGCAUACUAUAAAGUUCCUCUUCUGACUUUUAGGGCUUUCUUAAUCUUGUUUAUCUCCCUCUAUCUCUCUUGGGGUUGGGAUUCUCCGCCGCUCCAUUCCGAUACCAUGUCUUCUUCGAAGACGAUCGUGUUGAAGAGCUCCGACGGCGAGACCUUCGAGGUGGAGGAAGCGGUGGCCGUGGAGUCGCAGACCAUCAAGCACAUGAUCGAGGACGACUGUGCGGACACCAGCAUUCCUCUCCCUAACGUUACCAGCAAGAUCUUGGCCAAGGUUAUCGAGUACUGCAAGAAACACGUCGAAACCCCCAAGUCCGAUGACAAGACCGCCGAUGAUGAUCUCAAGAACUUUGACGCGGAGUUCGUCAAAGUUGACCAGGGCACACUUUUCGAUCUCAUCUUGGCAGCAAACUAUCUCAAUAUUAAGAGCCUGCUAGACCUGACCUGUCAAACAGUGGCUGACAUGAUAAAGGGAAAGACUCCGGAGGAGAUCCGCAAGACCUUUAACAUCAAGAAUGACUUCACUCCAGAGGAAGAAGAGGAGGUUCGCCGGGAAAAUGCCUGGGCAUUUGAGUGA